CAUACUCUACUCAUUCGUUAUUUUAUACGUGUCCAAAUCUAACAAUUAAGAAGAAUAUUAGAUUAUUUGUGGAUAGAGGAGGAAUUAUUAUUAAUAUAACAACGUAACAAAGAUGUUACAAAAAAUGAAAAAAUUUCCACUAUAUAUAGUAAGUUGUGGCAUAAGUGUAUUACUUGGUAAUAAGCUACAAAAAAUAAAGAAAAUGGAGUCUACUCGCAGCUUAUACAUUAGAGCAAAGCCAUUUCUGGCAGUUACACUUCUCCAAAUUGGGCUUGCAGGAAUGGAUAUUCUCUCAAAGGUUGCACUCAACCGUGGAAUGAGCAACUAUGUUCUUGUUGUCUAUCGCCAUGCCGUUGCUACUAUUAUUAUCGCUCCGUUUGCUCUUGUGUUAGACAAGAAAGUAAGGCCGAAGAUGACCGUAUCAAUUUUCAUCAAGUUAUUGCUUCUAAGUCUACUUGAGCCUGUUAUUGACCAAAACCUGUAUUACAUGGGUAUGAAGUACACGUCUGCGACUUUUGCAGCAACGAUGGGUAACAUUCUCCCUGCAAUAACAUUUCUAAUGGCAUGGAUUAUGAGACUUGAAGUGGUGAAUUGUAGAAGCCUCCGUAGUCAAGCAAAGAUAGUAGGAACGGUGGCGACCGUUGGUGGUGCGAUGAUGAUGACACUAGUAAAAGGACCAGCUCUUACAUUUUUGUCAAAAAAUAGCGUAACUGAUCAUGGUGCAAAACCACUAGAUAUUAGUGUUCAUGACGCCAUUAAAGGUUCCAUUAUGAUCACUAUUGGUUGCUUUAGUUGGGCUGCUUUUGUCAUUCUUCAGGCUAUAACUUUAAAUACAUAUCCCGUCGAGUUAUCUCUUACAGCAUGGAUAUGUUUGUUGGGCACAUUGGAAGGUACCGCGGUUGCCCUUGUUAUGGAGAAGGGAAGAUCCCAUGUAUGGGCAAUUGGAUGGGAUGCCAAUUUAUUAGCUGCAGUUUAUAGUGGUAUAUUUUGUUCGGGAUUAUUAUAUUUUAUUCAGGGAGUUGUAAUGAAAGAAAGAGGCCCUGUCUUCGUCACGGCUUUCAGUCCUUUGGGCAUGGUCAUUGUUGCAAUUUUGAGCACCUUCUUAAUGGCGGAAAAGAUGUAUCUUGGAAGGGUAUUUGGUGCCAUUGUAAUUGUAGUAGGCUUGUACAUGGUUAUUUGGGGAAAAGGCAAGGAUGAUUAUGACACUCACACUCCUCCACUUGAUGAAGAUAAAACAACCGACCAAAAAAUUGGCACACAAAUACAAUUACAAGGUCAAGUAGAAUAUGUCGACAAUAAUUCUCACUGCUUGCAUAUUAAUCAAGAUCAUAUUCAUGUAUAGCUUUGAUUCAUUUGGACUAAUUAUCAAUAACCCAUUAUUUCUGAUAAUUAUUACUGAUGAAGAGCGAGGGAUCGGAACAAUUUCGAUUUUUAAUACAUCAAUGCAACCAUAUGUACGUAAAACUCGAUCACUAGCUUAUUUUUCAAAUAUUAUAUGUAUGUUUUAGUCGAGUAUAUUAACUGAUAAUGAAAUAUCUAAUUUCAAUUCCUAA